CCCCUCCCCCUCAUCUCCUUCUCCGUCCCCCUCCUAGUCUCCUUCUCCACUCUGAUCACCAGUCGCCUCAGCCUCGACCCCCUCCGAUCCAAUCCGGGUUUUUCCUUGAUUCGGUGCGCAGGAACCAGAGCAGCUUUCCUGAUGUCCACUAUCGCGACCCCGCCGCCGCCGUCGGGGUCGGCGGCGCAGGAGAAGGCCGCCAGCCGGAACAAGCGCAAGUACCGUGCCGAGCCGCCGUCCGCCGAGCUGGCCCCCUUCGGGCUGGAGUACCCACUGACGGCGGACUGCGUAGGAUUCGAGUUUAUGCCGUUUGAGAAGGUUGCCAUGGCGGCGGCCGCAGCCACCGCGGCUGCCGCUGAGGGUGUCAGCCUCGACCUCAUCCCGAGCACGUGCGACACCUGCAAGGACAUCCACCCGACAGCGGAGGAGUUAUUGGAAUGCCAGCGAUAUGUGAAUUGGAGUGAUCCAAAUGAGGCGCAGUUGGAGGAGAUCCUUUUGAAGAGCCUGGACACCACUUUUGACAAUGCCGUGAGUUUGAUCACCACAAUGGGCUACUCAGAGGUGGCCACGCGGGCAGCCGUUGUGCGGGCAGCUACGCAGUUCAAUUGGAGGGAGACCCUUGCUGGGUUCGGAGAGGCGGCCGUUGAGGUGCUCAAGACUGAGGGGGACAUGUUGCCAAGGGAGGGCGCCUCCGUUGAGGACAUGAGGAAGAUUGAGCAGGCUGUGCUCGGUAGCAUGGUUGCGGUGGUCAAUGAGGCUCAGCCAUUCUACACCACAGGCGAUGCGAUGUUUUGCUUGCUCAUGUCAGACAUGAAUGUGGCAAGUGCAUGUGCCAUGGACUACGGCACCGCUUCCCUCCCGCCAGUGGGCACUCAAGUUAUUGCCCAGCCAGUUGUGGGAAACUAUGAACCUGGCUCAAGUUCCGAUUUAUCGGUUUCUAUUGCGAGCCCACAGACUGGCGUUACUUUCCGUGGAAAACUGACCCCAGCACCACCCAAUUCUUACAAUGCUGUAAAAGCUGAUUCAUCCACAACACCAGCGAGUUUGAAUCCGCAGAGUAGCAAACCCUCUGUCUCGGGCAAAAUGCAGAGUGUAACCCCAAAUCUUGCGCCAAAAGAAUACCCAGUUGCUACACGAGAUCAUUCAGAGGACCAACCAUUUGUUGCUGCUGCAACACAAUCCAUGAAAAAUGAUAAGCCAUCCCCUAGCAAGAGGGGGACCUCUAAGAGGGAUUCCUUGCACCGGCAGAAGUUGACAAGCUUCGAUAAGAGUUCUCGAGCAAUGGGUUCUAAAGGAUCUCUUAGGUCCGGCAAGCAUAGCUCUUCAGGCAGUGCAGCACUGGACAGGAAGUGCAGGUUGAUUCCAGAUUCUACUACUAGCAGCUUGAAGGGCUCAUCAAAAGUUGGCAAUGGGUUCGCUGCGAGCAUAACAGGAUCAGAAGCAUCAGUUGACCUUUCUUUUACCAGUGCCCUUUCCUCCACUCCAUCAUUUGACGCCAAGCUGGCUAGUAACUCAAACCCAGCACCAGCUACUAGCACAGAUCUGUCAUUGUCAUUGCCAUCCUCAAGUGAUGGUUUUGCUCCAUCUUUGAAUCAUGAGUCCAGUACUGAGGGUAUGGACUCUAGCAGCAAAGUUAACUUCUCAUAUGAUGAGGAACAGAAGGUCUGGAUUCCGCAAGAUAAAAAGGAUGAAAUUGUCUUGAUUCUCGUCCAGAGGCAGAAAGAGUUGCAAGCACAAAUGCGGGACUGGACAGACUGGGCUCAGCAGAAAGUGAUGCAGGUCGCACACCGACUUGCCAAAGAGAAGGAAGAACUUCAGUCACAUAGGAAAGAGAAGGAUGAGGUGGACCGCCUCCAAGAAGAGAGGCGUUAUCUGGAAGAGAGCACUCGGAAGAAGCUUUUAGAGAUGGAAUCUGCAAUUUCGAGGGUGAAUGCUCAGCUGGAGAAGGCAGAUGCUUCUGCUCGUGGACGUGAAGCCGAGAAUGCACAACUCAUGAUACAGAUGGAAGCUGCAAAGCGACAUGCAGCAGAGUCCGCAACAAAUAUUUUGGACCUUUUGAAGAAGGACGAGAACAGUCUUAAAAGGUUGCAGAGAUGGGAAUCUCAGAGAGCCCUGUUGCAGGAGGAUCUUGCAGCCGAAAAGAGCCGGCUAUCUCGGGUCCAGCAACAACUUCAGCAUGCUAAAGAGCAGAAGGAUAAAGUGCAGGCAAGGUGGAGACAAGAAGAGGCUGGAAAGAUUGAGGCAAUUGCCCAUGUAACCUCUGAGAGGAAAGAGAGAGAACAGAUUGAAACGUCAUUGAGGUCAGAAGAGAAUUCACUGCAUCUUAAAGCGGCGAAUGAUACACGAAGAUACAAGAGUGAGAUCCGUGCUCUUGAGCAGCAGAUUGCACAGUUGAAGGUGUCCUUGGACUCUUCAAAGGUCGGUGCUCCCAAGUGGGGAGCAGACAAUAAAACCUAUGCUUUGCAUCUUUCUGAAGGGAGAAAGAACAGCAAUGCUCAAAUUUUGUCCAAUAUAGCAGUACCCCAAGAUUUCGAUUUUGAUGAUAUACAGCGUGACCGGGAGUGCGUCAUGUGCUUGAGUGAGGAGAUGUCCGUGGUGUUCCUUCCUUGCACCCACCAGGUCGUCUGCGCCAAAUGCAGCGACCUCCAUGAGAAGCAAGGGAUGAAGGAGUGCCCUUCGUGCCGGACCCCCAUCCAGCGCAGGGUGUGCGCCCGCCUCACCUGUUGCUAGAUUUCACAUAUACCAUUUGCCUUUUCUUUUUUUUUUUCUCUCCCUUGAUUGCUCAGCAUGAAUUGAUGGAAGAUUGGACAGAAUAAUGUGGGGCUGUCAGUUGUUAAACUUUGACAAUAAUACAACGUCGAAAAUCAAUCAGACCCCGCAGACAACGGAUAAUGAAUGGGCUUUGUUGUACUGAUA